CUGGGGGCGAACAUAUGGGCGUUGGAUCCCUUUCUACCUUUCCUGCCGCUCAUGAUGCGACGCCCUAAUUCCUUUGCUCUUUUCUUCUACCUUGUUUGUGAAUAUUGUGUGUAUAUACUGUCGCUGCGCUUCGAGCUGAUGAAAUAGUUCCUCGCCGCGCCCGCUUCCCGUGCGACGAGAAUUCGUCACCUCGUUGCGUCCAUUCCUUCAAACCCAGCCGCUGUUUUGAUUCUUGUUUCUACUUUCAAUUGCGUUACUACAGUCCUCCAGUCCAGGGGGCUUAAUUGUUCGUUUCUAUCCCGACGGUAGCUGGCCAGAGCACUGCGUUAUCGCGCCGCAACCUUAAGCCACGACAAACCUCUUUUCGCCGAUCUUACCCCUAAUUCGACUCGCUUCACCAAAUUCCCACGAUGCUUCCCCUCUCGAACCAACCCCGAUACUCCCAGGACGACGCGGGGGAACCCGAUCCGGAGUCAGACCAGCUCAUCCCCACGAAGAAGCGCCGACACCGCGUCCGCGUGCAGGGUCGACUCGCCGUCGUGCGCAGCGUGUCCACAGUGAAUCUGCGACCCACGCCGUCAGUGGCCCCGGAGCUGCCCUCGCCAGUUGUCGGCAACGGGUCGGGAGGCCCAGCGAGCGCAAAGUUCGAGUCGGGCGUGGCUGGGAGCACAGUGGCGCCGGUGCGGAGGAGGAAGAGCCUCGACGAUGCGAGCAGCGAUACAGAGGAGGACGAUGUCAAGGAGACUGCGGUGAGAGACCGCCAGUUUCGAGGAUAUGGGAUUGGAGGGGCUGGAAACAUUCGACGACCGACCGAAGUCUACGGCUCAGCCAAGUCAAGCUCGUCAUCCUCUCGAUUCUCCAUAUUUCCUUCAUCCGGACCAUCAGACGAUUCAGACAGGCGGCAUUGGAGCUUCAAGGACCUGUUCGCCCGGACAGGCGACCGCAAAGGAAAAGGGACUGCUUAACCAGGCCUCACGUAAAGUAAGGUAGCAUCAGACGGCUGCAGCAUACAUUACAUCUUUUGAUGGGGCGUUUGGGAUCUUAAAAGGAUAUGGAAAUAUUGGAACAUUGGCUUCGAGUACAACGACGGUGAUGGGGGAGCAUGCAGAGUGCCCUUUGGUCAGGUCUCGCGCGCGCGAACCAAGACAUUCGACUAAGCAUCGAGAAUGGUCCAGCAAAGCGGACGAGACAUAACGACCGAGCCCCAUUAAUAACGAUACAACAUUCCUUGAUUGGACAUCAUCCCGCGCGCGCGAGAGCGUCGUCCCCGCGCGGCCUCUUGCUGUUUGCCGACGCCGAUGCAAUGUUGAUCAACGACGUCCAUCAGCUCAUUCUUGAUCAUUCAGGAACGCUUAACCCGCAUUGUGUGAGGCCGAGGGAACGUUACAGGCCUCUAUGGUCCAAUGGCCAAGACAAUAGAAACUCACGAAGAGACGAAAACAAACCAAACUGUCAACAC